AUGUCGCAGUCUAUUCGCAGAGGUGGAACGCCCGAAUCCGAGGCGGUGGCGUCGUCAGAGGAUGAACGACCAUGGCCGUCUUCUACAUCCUUUGGCAGCUUGCCGCGGAAGGAGAACGGCAUGUCUGGCCUUGGUGGCGGUAUCUGGGCGACAGGUAAUCAGAGAAGGGGUAGCUUGAAGCUAUCCGAGGCAGCGCAAAGAAACGCUGCUCGAGAAGCGCGCUUGACGGCGCCGGGGAGUCACAGUGCUUUGCGGACAGCUAAUACACCUUCGCCUUCUAUCAGCGAUGGGCAAGGCGCAUUGCCGUUUGCGAUCCCCUUGCAACCGACACCAAAGGCACAUAGAUCUCUAUCGCAUUCGCAGGGCCAGCGCGAAGCUUUACAGGCUCAUAUUGCCGGACAAGCUGGAGGAGCGCUUCCGCUGGGUUUGCUGGCGGAGGACAACGAGACAGAAGCUGAUGCGGACUCUGAUUUCGGAGGACAUCUCACGCAGACCGUCUCGCACCCACCGAUUGGGGCUUUGCAACGCGCCGCUACGUAUUCUGCUGCUUACGGGGGCUCGAAUGGAAUGGGCAAUGGCGCAGGCGAGUAUGAAGAUAGGAGACUGCAAGCUGCGCUAUCUCAAUUGACUAUGGACGCUCCCAAUCGCAAAGCUCGAUGGGAAAGCCAUCUUGGCUGGAGUGACCUCCCAAACAUUAAUGAAUCUCGCCGACACUCCUUGGCUGACAUCCCAACUCGCCGCGGCUCCUUCUCGGACGAUAUGGGCUUCGCAUACUCUCGCGAUCAACGACCUUCGCACGCUCGUGUUCCCGCUACUAACGGCUUGAAUCCACUGGGAAAUCGUGCAGAUAUUGUUCAAGGAGACUAUCAACAACACACAACCAUGCGGUACAACGAAGAUCCAGAUGGGUUCAACAUCCCCUCCAUGUACAAAGUCCCUUUCGUCGACAUCAGCGCCGAAGAGGCCGCCAGCGGUCGCCCGCCGCGUUCUGCUCUUGCAAUCGCGCCAGCUUAUGGUCCACCAGGCAGUCAACCCCAGCGCAAUCGCCGCCAGCUUUACGUCGUCAGCUUCAAGUGCUCGCGCGUCGGCAUCUUCUACCUCCUCGACGGCACCGGCCUCGAAAUCCGCGAAGGCGACAUCGUCAUCGUUGAAGCCGACCGUGGUCAAGACCUCGGUACAGUCCAACACUCCAACGUCACGCAGGAGCAGGCCCGCCUCUACCUCCGCAAGUACGCGGAAGAACAGUACAAAUGGCUGAUGAUGUUCUCUGUCAACAACGCCCCCUCCAACGUCAACCCGAACGCUCAGCUCUAUGGCGAAAGUAGCGCCAUGGCUGCUUCGCGUGGCCUGCUGGCUUCUGCGCCAAACACGAUGCAAGGCAUGCCUCGCGAGAAUAAUGCCAGUCUUAAGCCGAAGGCCAUUAAGCGUCUUGCGAAUGCUCAUGAGAUCAAGAUGCUGGCGGAGAAGGAGGGCAACGAGGCGAAAGCGAAGAGGACUUGUCAGCAGAAGGUGGCGCACCUGCAUUUGCAGAUGGAGAUCUUGGAUGCUGAGUGGCAGUGGGACUUCCAGAAACUCAUCUUCUAUUACUACGCAGACCAUUACAUCAACUUCAAAGAUCUGAUCACCGAGCUCUACCGCAUCUACAAAACACGCAUUUGGCUCUCCGCCGUCAACCCAGCAAGCUUCUCGCAGCAGGCGAUGGGUCAGCCACCAAGCGGCAUCGGUCCAGGGGCCAUUACACAGAACAACAGCGGCGUCAACAACUCAUACACGAUGGCAUACGGUGCGGAUCCCGAUCCUUACGGCGCCAUUCCUCCCUACCGCGUUGGCUACGAUACGUACGACCCCAACUACCCAAGCAUCCCCGGUGUCGCCAACAGCUUCGCGCCCUCAUCCUCCGUCCAUCAAGCGCCUGCCGUUCAGCCAGGCGCAGAUACAACCAACUCGAUGGCCGACUACAACUUCUACUACGAGCGUGGUGGAGACCAACGAGCUCUGAUGUCGCCAACGGCACCGACGAUGCAGGCACCCAUGAGUCAACAACAACAACAAAUGCAGCAUCAGUUGCAACAGCAGCAGGCGAGCCCUUAUGGCAGCACCGGCUACUGGUCGGGCAUGUUCCCAGAGUAUCCCACCCAAGUUGCUCCUCCUACACCAGCCGGCGCCGUUACUCAACCCCUACGCACCAACUUCCGCGACUUCUCCCCUUCCCCCUGGAACAACGCCAACUCGCCCAUCAACCCUGCUUCCGCUGGCCUGGGUCGUCAAGGUGAAUCUCAGCAACCCAUCGGCACUCGUCCUCGCUCGAACGGUGGUCCAGGGAUGCCAGGUCAGGCUAUCACGCCGGGCUCACAAGGCGAUGUCGGCGAAGACCAUGUGCGUCAGUACCGCCAUAGCCAUCAGCCUGCAGGCUACGAGACCCAGCUGCGGAAUUUUGGCUUUCCGUUCUUGCCUAACGCAUCGAUUCAGGCCGGCGUUCGUCACAAUAGUACGACUGGACAAUUCAUCGGUAACGCUUUCGAGACUGCUACUGCUCCUGCUAACGGAGGCGCUGCUAUGCCCGGUCCGUACGCGGACGAGAUGUCGCGUGAGCGCUGA